UUUUCAGGGCUCGUAUGAUGAUUGUUGGGCUCUCCGUUGCGACGGCGGCCGGCAGCAGCAACAAAUGGCCGAUCCGGGCGCCUCACGCGGACAAGGUCCCAGCCUCGUUCGACUGCGAAAUGCGCAAAGCGGCCUACGACUACGGCCGGAAGCUGCUGCCCCGCUUGGGCUCCUUUGAGUCGCUCUACUACGCGCUUGGACUGAAUGGACCGGGCUGCACGGCGCCGAUGCGCGGCGCCGACGCAACGUCGCCCUUCCAGCCUGAGCCUGCGCCCUCGGGGAGCAUCUUUGUCUCACCUGCGGGCGACGACGAGGGCGCAGGCACCGAGGCGACACCGCUGCGGUCGAUCCAGCUGGCCUGCGACCGCGCCGCGGCGAGCGCCGUGCGCACCGUGGUGCUCCGAGGAGGGACGCACUUCCUCUCCUCCACAAUCACGCUAAACGCCUCUCACUCCAACCUGCGGGUCAUGGCGCACCCCGGCGAAGUGCCGGUCGUUUCGGGCGGGGUCGAGCUCAAGGUUGCGUGGAGGCCGCACGACGUGGGGCGUCGCAACGCCGCCAACGAGACGACCAACAUUUGGGUCGCCGACGUGAGCGGGGUGGACGACAUCCCGGGCCUGCAGAUCGACGGCGUGCGCGCGACGCGGGCGCGCUACCCGAACCUGCCGGGAGGGAUCGAGGUGUCGCCCGGCUACGGCGGGAUGGUCUCCGAGAAGGACGCCGACUGGACGCCGCCCGACUUCAACAAGUUCGGGCCCGUCCACUUUUACACGGACAACGCCAGUUCGCACGACCGCCCGAACGGCGGCUGGUUCGAGCACUACAUGAUUGGAGUGGGCGGGCUCUGCUCCGUCUACGACCCUCCCGUCUCGUACUGGUGCUCGCGCCACCCGUCUGGCGGAGGCGCCUUCGCCUUCCGCACGCCGUCGGGGGUGACGCCCAAGCCUGGCGCGCUGCCGCACGCGCCGUACAAGGACCCGUCCGGCGCCCGCUCCCUCGCGCGGAGGCACCUGCAGGGGCCCUCUCGGAGCGCCUCCGAGCUCGCCCGCGCACUCUUCUUCGUGUGGCGGCCUGCGCGCUGGGCCAACUGGAUGUUCGAGGUGGGCGCGUACAACGCCUCCUCCGGCAACUUCACGUUUGGCAAGGGCGGCAACCAGGGCGCGCGCGGCGAAAACCGCGGCGGCGACUUCUUCGUGGAGAACAUCUACGAGGAGCUCGACGCGCCGGGCGAGUUCUUCUUCGACACGAAGGCGAAGCGGCUCUACCUCUUUUACAAUGGCACCGGGCCGCCGCCCGCCGCCGCGUCGGUCGUCGCGCCUUCGCUCCGCACGCUCGUCAACAUCAGCGCGUCGCGUUGGGCGCCGGCGCGCGGCAUCUCGCACAGCGGCGUCACCUUCCGCGCCGCGCGCUACACGUACAUGGACCCGCACGGCGUCCCGUCCGCCGGCGAUUGGGCGCUGGACCGCGUGGGCGCCGUCUUCCUGCAGGGCACCGAGGGGGUCCGAUUCGACGCGUGCUCUUUCGAGCGGGUCGACGGGAACGCGGUGAUGGUGUCGGGGUACAACCGCCACGCCGCCAUCACCAACUCCGACUUCGCCUUCGUCGGAGGGAAUGCGGCGUCCGACCCGGGCAGGCCCGGCGAGCGGAUCGAAAACUACCCGCACGCGGGGGUGGACGGGACAGACGGCAACCACCCGCGCUACACCACCGUCUCCGGCUGCAGCGCCCGCGAGGUUGGCCUCUACGAGAAGCAGUCGUCCUUCUUCGUGCAGGCCAAGACGGCGCAGUCGACGGCGCGCGGCGACGUGAGCGGCAACGUCUUCUUCAACGGGCCGCGCGCUGGGAUCAACGCCAACGACGGCUUCGGCGGCGGCGACGAGAUCUCGCACAAUCUCGUCUUCUCCACCUGCCGCGAGAGCGGCGACCACGGCCCGUUCAACUCGUGGGACCGCCAGCCCUUCCUCACGACGGAGGAUGUCGACAAUGACGACGGCUCGGCGUACUACAAGACGCACCACAACUUCCUCGUCUACGGCGGGCAGGGCAUGAAGAACGACUUUGGCGGCCACGACAACCACCACUACUCCAACGUGUACGCCUAUGUCGGCCGGGGCCUCGGCGUGUGCUCGCAGCGGCCGGGGCACGAGGACCGCUUCUACGACAACAAGCUCGUCCUCACUGGCAACGACGUCGGCGGCUUCGCCUGCGACGGUGCGGCCAAGACGGUUGUGCACGACAACGAGUACUUCACCGCCAGCGGCUCCAUCGCGGAGUGCAAGAUGAGCCUGCCCGACUGGCAGAAGAGGGGCGAGGACAAGGGCUCCACCGUCGCGAAGCUGCCCGCAGACAAGGAGAUCAUCGGGUGGGCGCGGAAGCUCCUGGGCUUCUAGAUCUAGCCCACCCGCUCGGCCCCUGAGUCGAAGGAGAUGGUCGUUUCCCUGGCGUUUGGGGGUCCAAGAGAAAAGAAUC